AUGGAGAAUCCUCACGAGCAGAUCCACAAGACCUUAUUAGCCAGAAUAAUAAACAAUGUGGUAUGUAUUUUUUGGAGUUGAGAGAAAAAAAGAACCCCUUGAACACUCUCUCCUUUUGACCCAAAUGACUAACUCCCAAUGUUAAGGAAAAUUUGAAUGAAUCGAUUGUCGACAUGAACAAAAUGCUUCAACAGGCAAAUAGGAACAAUCUCGACAACGAGAUAAUUGCAAGCAUGUGGGAGUCCUAUAUCAGGAGUGCAGAGUAUAAUUUACAGGCAACAGGGAACAAACUGCAAGAUGAUGACGAUGCUGGUGAUGAGGACGUGUCUGGAAGUCAGCGUGAAAAUUGA